AUGGACAUGUCUAAUGCUCUCCGUGACAAGCAGCCCAGCAAGCUGAACGAGUGUCUGGAUACCAUACCCUCCUCACCCCCUACUUUGAAUGCAUCUCUAGAUACCCUCCCUGCGUCCCCUCCAUCCCUGAAACCGAAAAAGCGGCCCCCAGUAACUCCAAGGUCUUUCAAGAGGUUCUUCACUCCCAGAUCAUCCCUUCACGGCUCCAGUACGCGGUCUGGCGUAAGAGCAGCCCGCAAUAACCUGAAAGAUAUAUUAACUCCGCCUUCCUCAUUAAAUCGCAACGGGCCAGCGUUUCUCAACCUCCAAAAUGACAGCAAAUCCAUAUCCAGGCAGUUGCCAGAUCAACCAUCCACUCCAAGCAGGAAAAGAAAGCUUUCCUUCUGUACUUCAAGCCCACCUUUGCAAUCGUCACCUUUGAGACGAGUCCGAACUGUUCCAGCAAUUUAUACCGAUCCAAUUGAUAGGAAGGAGGAUAUAGAGGAGGCCACAUCCACAUUCAAUACCAUUAUAGAAGAACCAAAUGAAGAAAAAAUUCCUGAGCCUAUACCUUUGCAUCGAUCGCAGGCCAUUCAGGCUGCCAGUCCAGCCCUCCUACGCAACCUAGCCAUUAGCAGGUCAUCACGGGUAACUCUCAGGUCGCCUUCCUAUGGUACAGUCUGGCAGGAUGAAACAGCCAAUUUCUAUAGCCGUCCGGAGGGUCUUCACAGAUGUUGGCAGGAUGAUCACCCUACAUUGCCAUUUUGCACGGCAGCUUGUCACACGAAUUCUUUAGUCGCUGUAGGAGAUGAAGAAGGGGGUAUCCGAAUUUUAGAUACAGCCAAAGGCGAUAAGGCUGGAUUCUCACAAUCAUUCUUAACUUUCCAACCACAUAUGAACUCGAUCAUGGACUUAGAAUUUUCGUCCGACGAUAAGCUCUUAGCAACAGCUUCGGGCGACCAAAGUUCCCACAUCAUUGACAUGCCUACCCAAACCGCUGUUUAUUGCUUGUCAAAACAUUCUUCGUCCGUCAAACGCGUGCAAUUCCAGCCUGGGUCUAACGGAAACGUGGUUGCUACUUGCAGUCGAGAUGGAAGCAUUAACAUCUGGGACCUUCGAUAUAAGGCAUUUGAUAAACCAUCACUGCAAUUGCAUUGCUCGCUUGCAUCUGAUGGCGAUGAUACAACGCGGAUAUCAACCGCGAAAAUGAAGUAUCCUCAAGUGUCUAAUAAUAUCCGAGGGGCUCACUCCGAGCGACCGCGUUCUAAGGGACAGUCUGAAUCCCAAUCCCAUCGGGAAGAUAUCUCAGUCACCUCUAUCUCUUUUCUUCAUCCUGGCCGAGAACAUUUAUUCGUGACGAGCUGCGAGUCAAAUGCCUGCGUCCGACUCUGGGAUAUGCGCACUAGCUAUUCCCUCCGUCGAAAAAUGUCGACGCCUGUAGCCAUUACGAGACAACCAGAGAGCCAUUCACGAUACCGACAAUUCGGCUUGACUUCUCUGGUGUUCAACGGUGAUGGAAAUCGCCUGUAUACGUUAUGCCGAGAUGGGACUGUUUAUGCCUAUUCAACUCCCCAUUUAAUUCUCGGAAACUCCAACGAACUAUCCCUAUCAAAUCCACCACUCCGCCGGUUCCCAGGAGAAGAGGCCAAAGCUGGGCUUGGUCCACUUUACGGUUUCCGCCAUCCCCGUCUUUUGGUUGCUACAUUCUUUGUGAAGAUUGCGCUCCGCCAAGCGCAAAACGAUAACACGGAGCUCCUUGCUGUCGGCAGCAGUGAUAAUUGCGCCAUUGUCUUCCCUACAAACGAGCGCUAUUUCAAAAAGUCUUUGCCGACCCCAGAGAUCUCGCUCCCAACAAAUUCCACGCCUGGUUCAAAGGGGUUCGGCGGUCGACGCAUUGGCCUGCAGAGAACAAACUCCGGGACCAGCCUAUCCGCACGAUUGGAACAUGAUAUCCCCAUAUAUCAACACGGCUCACCUCUGGUUGAGGGACACCAAAAGGAGGUUUCUGCUGUCUCUUGGACAAAUAACGGCGAAUUGGUGACCGUAAGUGACGAUUUACACGCCAGAUGCUGGCGUGAAGGCCCUGAUGCAAGGGAUCUGAGACUUGGAGGCGAGGCAGGAGGGAGGCGAUGGAACUGCGGAUGGGCUGAAGUGAAUGAUCCAGAGUAUGAUGAGGAAGAGUGCUGA